AAGAUACAGGGAGGAAUGGAAAGCGGAGAUAAGGGGACACUGCUUUCGGACGCAUCUGUUUGUGGGGACAUUAUGGCUACCAGUGACACGGGCAGCCCCGGGCGGGGUCCUUGCAGUGUGAGGGCGCAGCAGCAGCUGUGUAUGAGGGCUCCUCCGGCAGAGCGAGAUGUGCGGCUGGACGUGCCGGUAACAAGUACAGGAGGAGGAGGAGCAGCAGCGGGAGACAUGACUUCUGCAGGGUCUCAGGGCUCCGGGGGAGCGCGACUCCUCGUUUGUUUCCUGGGAGUGUUCGUGUGUUACUUUUACUACGGGAUCCUGCAGGAGACAAUAACCCGAGGGACCUAUGGGGAAGGAGAGAAGCAGGAAAAGUUUCGCUUUGCUCUGUCGCUGGUUUUUGUCCAGUGCAUUGUUAACGCUUUGUUUGCCAAGCUUUUGAUCCAAUUCUUUGACUCGGGUAAAACUGACCGUACUCAGAGCUGGCUCUAUGCGGUGUGUUCCCUGUCUUACCUGGGCGCCAUGGUAUCCAGCAAUUCCGCUCUCCAGUUUGUCAACUACCCCACGCAGGUUUUGGGGAAAUCCUGUAAACCAAUUCCAGUCAUGCUCCUAGGGGUGACGCUCCUCAGGAAGAAGUACCCGCUCACUAAGUACCUGUGCGUGCUCCUGAUAGUACUUGGAGUGGCACUCUUCAUGUACAAGCCCAAGAAGACCGAUUCUGGUGGUGACGAUCACGCUGUUGGCUUUGGAGAAUUACUUCUGCUCCUGUCGCUGACUCUCGAUGGUCUCACUGGAGUGUCUCAGGAUCACAUGCGGGCGCAUUUCCAGACAGGCUCCAACCACAUGAUGCUUAAUAUUAACAUGUGGUCCAGUUUAUUCUUAGGAGCAGGCAUUGUGUUCACGGGCGAGCUGUGGGAAUUCCUGAGUUUCACUGAGCGCUACCCGAGCAUCGUCUACAAUAUCCUCCUCUUCAGUCUGACUAGUGCCCUGGGACAGACCUUUAUCUUCAUGACGGUGGUAUAUUUCGGCCCGCUUACUUGCUCUAUAAUCACGACAACUCGGAAAUUCUUCACCAUCCUGGCCUCUGUUAUACUGUUUUCUAAUCCGAUCAGCAGCAUCCAGUGGGUAGGGACCAUCCUGGUGUUUUUAGGUCUGGGACUGGAUGCAACGUAUGGAAAAGGAUCCAAGAAACCGUCCCACUGACUCCUCGUGCCAGGAGCAGCCGACUGACGUCAUUAGACAUUACUCACUGGUUUUUGUUUAUAAUUAUUAUUAUUUUUAUUUUUUUUUACCAUGUCCAAUUUCAACGUAUUUUAUCGAUCAUGGAAGGAUUUUGUUUUUAACCAAAGGAGGAUGGGAACAUUAAAAAAAACUGUACUAA